UCUUUUUAUUUUUGGGAGAAAGAAAGUCAAAAACAGACAUUGUCUUCCGGCCGCAUUGUACCGCCAUUUUGCCUAACAUUUUACUUACGUUCGGCUCCUACUCAUACUUAAUACUUUCAACUGAUUAACGUUUUUUAUCGUGGUGAAGAAAUGAGGGCAAUGAGCAAAUCCAAAGAAUCUCCAAUGGUUGAGGGUGAGACUGAAGAGGAGUUCAGUGUGGAGAAAGUACUGGAUAGAAGAAUCAACAAGGGCAAGGUGGAAUAUUUUCUCAAAUGGAAAGGAUACUCAAACGAGGAUAACACAUGGGAGCCUGAAGAGAAUUUAGAUUGUCCUGAUCUGAUUGCACAAUUCGAAGAACAACGAAAAAAGAAGGAAGCAGCAACAACCAGCAAAAAGCAUGAUGAAAAGGAUCAAAAGAAACGCAAAAGUUCUAGCACACCAACUCCAACCCAAACUAAGAGGAAGGUUCCCGAGGAGAAGAAACCAGAAGGUUUCGACAGGAACCUGGAACCAGAGCGUAUCAUUGGGGCCACUGAUUCAAGCGGUGAACUAAUGUUUUUAAUGAAGUGGAAAGGAACUGAUGACGCGGACCUGGUGCCUUCACGAGUUGCCAACGAAAAGUGUCCGCAAAUCGUGAUCAGAUUCUAUGAAGAGAGAUUAACGUGGCACAGUCCCACAAAUGACGAGGAAAGCUCGGCAAAACAAGAGGCGGAAUAGUGAGUAACUUUCUGAUACAGGUAACCGCAUGCGUUCUUCGUAAUCGAAUGCGGCGAAGGUAAUUCACUCCUAUGACGUGUGAUAACGAUAUUCUGAGUUUUAAGUUUCCUUGGUGGUAACACAUUUCAACGAUUACGGAGAGGCGAAGCACUUUUUUACGUUUCGAGAACAAUAACAGAGAUAUAGUAUGUUAGCUCGAUAUAUGAUAGAUCGUAAUGGUUUUGUAAGGAAACAGUAACAAUCUGAAUUUUCAUGUUACACAAUCUAUUAAUACAUGAUAUACGUUACGACAUAUUUUGUCUUGCUGUUUCAAUAAUAAAAACGAAUAAGAUUUAAAAA